AGUCAAUAUAAAUAUACAUAUACAGAUAUAUACUUUAUUGAGAAUAUACUUUUGUAAGCUGAAAUUACCAAUAUUCACUGCUGUCAAUACUUUACUAUUGGUCAGCAAUGUAAUACCAGUUAUCUCCCAUCGUUGUUCGUAGUUAACAAAUCUGUUUGUUUCUCUCUGAACAAGUGUCAACUUUCACCUCCUGAUAGUAUGAUCAUUACUCGUACAGUAGAGAUUUUAUUAUACGAAACUGUCUAUUUUUAUACACACGUUUUGUACAUUUAAAUUUUUAUAUUAUGGAGAAAAAAGAGAUCCCACACGAAAUGGAUUCGAAUACUUGCGUUGCAGAAGCACAAAUGGAACCCAGUAUACUAACAUCGAGUGGGAUCCAAACUGUCAAUCAAAAUAAUGUUAACUCUGAAAUUGAAUCUAAUUUGUUGGAUGGUCUGAAGAAUUUAAGUGUACAGGAUGAAAAUUUGAAGCUAGCCACAACACAUCUCAGAAAUCCAAACCGAAAAUUGUCCACGUCUAAAACUGAUAAUUCUGAUCACAAAUUAGAUUCUUUGACAAGGGCAACAAAGCUCCUUCAGAGUAAUGAUAUAUCAAAGAUUGUUGUUUUAGUUGGAGCUGGUCUCAGUACCAACAGUGGUAUCAUGGAUUUCAGGACUCCCGGAACUGGUCUGUACGACAACUUACAGCAGUAUAACAUUCCAUACCCAGAAGCAAUUUUUGAUAUAGAUUAUUUCAAAUACAAUCCAAAGCCAUUCUUUGCCCUUGCUAAAGAACUGUAUCCCUCUGUAAAGUACCGUCCAAAUUACAACCAUUAUUUUCUCCGUCUUUUACAUGAUAAAGGACUAUUACUUCGAUUGUAUACUCAAAAUAUUGACGGUCUUGAACGAUUGUCUGGAAUUCCUUGUGCAAAACUCAUAGAAUGCCAUGGAACCUUUGCACAUGCCACAUGCCUCUCCUGUAGAAAGAAGUACAAAGGAAACGAAGUCAAGCAUGCUAUCUUUAAAGAGGAUGUUGCUAAAUGCAAACAUUGUAAGGGAAUUGUAAAACCAGACAUUGUGUUCUUUGGAGAAGAUCUUCCCAAAAGUUUCUUCCAAUAUCACAAAGAUAUGUCGAGAGCAGAGCUUGUACUCAUAAUGGGGACGUCACUCGAAGUUCACCCAUUUGCUGGCAUUAUUGACUAUGUACCAUCAACUGUUCCUCGAAUACUUUUUAAUAUGAAAGCUGUUGGACCUUUCAGGACGUCUUCACGUGCAAAUGACUUUACUGUGGCAGGGGAUCUCACUGAAUCCUUAGAAAAGUUAGUCACUCAGCUCAAUUGGGAAGCUGAGAUAUUGAAACUGUUAACAGAUGCUGAGGGCAAGAAAUACGUAAGUAUUACAUUGGAGUAUCUUAUUAAUUUAUUUGCUCACUGAUGCUGGUAGCACAUU